GAUUUUACGUCAUUGUUCAGCGUGGCAGACGAACGACCAAACAUGGCGGCGCCCUCUAAGAAAGUUUUCGAGGUCUUCGUGUCUAAAAUACCAUGGACUAUAGCCGGCAAGGAGAUGAGGGAGUACUUCGGACAGUUUGGCCCAGUGAAGAAAUGUCUUCUACCAUUUGAUAAAGAAACAGGCUUUCACAGAGGCUUCUGCUGGGUUGCAUUCACAUCAGAGGAAGGCCUGAACAAUGCACUUCAGAAGGAGCCACACAUGCUGGAGGGAGCCAAGCUCCAGGUUCAGAGGAAUAGACGGCUGUUUGCAGGGCAGAAACCAAACAAAGACAGUGAACAUGACUAAAUCUCUCUGCUAUUACUGCAUUAUUGAGACAGAAAAAGAUCUUUUGUUAUUCUCUGUUAUUCUUUUGCUCAGCCAAUAGGAAAACUUGGUGGUGUGUAUAAGUCUGUGUGAACCUAUGUGUGUUCCUCUUUUUGUUCACUUCCAGUGAUUUGGGGCCUGAGCAUUGUUGUCGUUGUUUUGAGGAGUUGUCAAGUUAAUGACUGUAUUUAUUGUCAGUUAUAGUGCUGUACUUUCUGUAACCAUUCUGUCACACACCGUAAACAUGAUACAGCCGGUUAAUGCUAACUGAACACCAUUCACUAAUUUGUAAUGUAUGGGAAUAAAAACUUUCACAACAUU